GGCUACAUCAACUGCAGCAGUGACGUCACAGACCACCUUGGGACCGUCUGUAACGGAAAUAGGAAGUGUAAGGUCAGCGUUUCGUCCAUCGCCGAGUUGGUACAGCCGUGUAGGAGGGAUUACACAAACUACCUGGAGGCUGGAUACGUCUGCCUCAAAAUUGUAACAGAUGAAAACAAUACGUGCCCUAACAUCAACAACAAUAUCAAUAGCAACAAACUCAUCAUCAACAACAACAACAACAUCAACAAUUUUCCGUCUUCUUCUUCACCCCACAAAGGCCUGCUAGCCAGUGUGACCUUGACCGAUGUAAACAAGUUCGGGUCAAAAAUUUGUCCCUGGAGACUGAACUACAAAUCGGGCCAACAAAUACGAUUGGUCGUUAACGUUUUCAGGUCAGGGAUAGAGGACCAAUCAUUUCAAAGUUGUCAGUGGUCUUUGGUGUUUGAACACAUACACCAACACCAACAACAACAACACAAAUACAUCAACAACGACAACAAAAACAAUAACGACAUUAAUGUCAUUUCAAACAACAAACACAUCAACAACAACAACAUCAUCGAGAUUGAACCACUGUGCGGCAAAACGAGGCUUAAAAAG